AUGGCACACCAAGCACAUUCCUACCACAUAGUCGAUCCCAGCCCAUGACCCAUCCUAGGAGCAGCUGCCGCUCUCCUUACCACCUCAGGACUAACAAUAUGAUUCCACUACAACUCCCCUCGACUCCUUAUUCUAGGCCUACUAUCAACCAUUCUCGUCAUAUUCCAAUGAUGACGCGACAUCGUACGAGAGAGCACAUUCCAAGGCCACCACACCCCAACCGUACAAAAAGGAUUACGAUACGGAAUAGCCCUAUUUAUCACAUCAGAAGCCUUCUUCUUCCUAGGCUUUUUCUGAGCCUUCUUCCACUCAAGCCUAGCCCCUACACCAGAAUUAGGGGGACAAUGACCGCCCGUCGGAAUUAAACCCCUCAACCCUAUAGAAGUACCACUCCUAAACACUGCCAUCCUCCUAGCCUCAGGAGUCACCGUCACAUGAGCCCAUCACAGCAUCACAGAAGCCAACCGAAAACAGGCAAUUCAAGCCCUAUCCCUAACAGUUCUCCUAGGCUUCUACUUCACCGCCCUACAAGCCAUAGAAUACUAUGAAGCCCCCUUUUCCAUCGCUGACGGAGUUUACGGCUCAACAUUCUUUGUUGCCACUGGAUUCCACGGCCUACAUGUAAUUAUCGGCUCUACAUUCCUACUAGUAUGCCUCCUACGCUUAAUCAAAUACCACUUCACAUCAAACCACCACUUCGGAUUUGAAGCAGCCGCUUGAUACUGACACUUCGUAGACGUCGUAUGAUUAUUCCUCUACAUCUCUAUCUACUGAUGAGGAUCUU